GUUGUCUCAAUAUUACUUACAUUUGUACCAAUCAGUCCCCUUCCCCCUUCCUGUCCGCUGGGCCGUCUCUCUGUUUCUAAGUCAGGACGCGACGCGCGGACAAUAGAUACACCAGCAAAAUCGCAAAACGGCGGUCAGGAGAAGCAAGUCACACCAAGCAGUCAAGACGGUAAACACACACUCCUUCUCUCACUCGUCUGUUGAUAGCGCUAUCAAUCGCGUGAGGAAUCGGUGACGGAAGCCAUAGACAGUGGAUGGAUGAUAAACAGAUUGCACUACAAUACAUAGCUAUAUGGUACACGCCAGCAAAAAGGCAUACCGAAAGAAGCCCCCUCCAUGUACGCGUCUCGCAUCAGGUGUCGCUUCUGCCGCAUUGAUGGACAAGUGAUGGCUCGACACUCACUCUCCCACCGUGCCAUCUGUGCCUCCCGAAUUCUCCACCUGUUUAACACGACAGCAACCGUGACGUCCAGCUCCGAGCAGGCCUCCCGGCAUGGCCCCUCACCUCAUCGGUUUGCCCGUCAGCUUCCUGCGCAUCCUCCCCGCCCUCGAACAGUCUCCUGGCCAGCGGCCCCAGCACUCGCCUCGCCAGCGCCGCCGUGCGGGGAUACGUCAGGGCCCAUGAUGUGUCACCAUCGUCACUGCCAGGCCGUACGGUGCACGGCGGCUCGGUGGUCAGAAUGGAGACGUUGCCUUCGUUGCUGAGAGGGCUGAUGCGGCGGGACAGGACGAUCCAUGCCAGGAAGGGCCGCUCGCUGGCGUCGCCGCUGGCUUCAGGGGACAGCAGAAUGUGCCUGAAACAAAGGGCAAGACACAGAGACUGGGCGUGUGGGCGCUCCCUGGUCCUGCGCUUCUCUCCCGCACCUGAAUGCAGUCUUCUCACCAGCAAUGUCCGUCUGGAAGCCCACAGACCCAUCUGCCGCACUACCGCCCUGCCCCUCGCCACCGAAUAGCUUCAUGAAGUGGCCCCCACAUGCAUCCACAGGCACACUCAUGCCGUGCUUGGCCGUGCCCCUCAGCCCCUCCUUCCAGCACACCAAAUUGACGCUCAUGAACGCGCUGAAAUGGGGAUGCACCUCGCGGGCGAUGCCGUUGUCGAGGAAUUGCAGCUGGGGCGGCUCCUGGCCAUCAACCACAAGGCCGCGGCAUUCGACUAUGGGGUCGGUCCCAUCGCAGUGAGAUGCGUAGGGGUGGCCGGGGACGAGAGGGGGCGCAGGAAAGGCCAGCUGGUUGGAUGCCUGUCGGCUGAGAAGGAAGUACUGGCCUUGGUUGCUGUCGUGGACCAGGGAGAGGGGCCGCUUGCAGCCGUCGCAUCCCUGGUUGAGGACGAUGCGGUCACCGAAGAGCAUGUACUGACGAAUGCUCUCCGGGUGGCUCAUGAAGGCCCUCCCGCUGCCCAUGCUGGUAGUGGCUCGUCUUGAAUUGGCAGUGGUAGGCCGCCUUUCACUAUCCCUUUCACGCAGCCGGCGAUGAAUGCCAGCGUGAGGAAUCUUUCCCAUCGGUCGAAGCUGCCGCUUUUCUCGAAGACAAACAGGCCCCUGCACAUACAAACAAGAGGAAGACAGACAGGCAGCGUAGUGUGGUGGGUGUGGUGGCGUGUGUUCCGGCUGCUGUACUAGUACCUGAGGUAGUACAUAACAACACCGUCGGCCUCAUUCCCCUCGACCUGUAUGGCAUUGCUGUGGCGAUUCUCGAGGCGUAUCAGAGUUGUUGUCUUUGCCUUUUGUCCAGCCACGUGUUGAUAGCGCUCCCACAAACACCUGUACAGACAAAAACGGAAGCAGUCAGUUCGUUCUGCGUCUCAUUGGACUGUGUGUCGCCUCUCACGUUCUUCCUGUGUUAGUCCUGUGGUCCCUGGUGAGUCUUCGAAAGGGCAGCAGCACGUCGAAUGGAAGAAACAAGGCCACCGAGUGAAUUGCAGGGGGAGGCAGCUCCUGCAUUGGCUACACGGCGAUGAGGCGUCACAUAACUGAAGAGAGCAGCGCUGACAGGAAAG